GUCGGCGGGGGCGGCUGCCUGGUGCCGACACCCCCUCCUCCCCCCGACGGCCCGGGGCAGCGCCGUUUCGUCCCUUCUCCUGCACGACGGGACGGGCCACACCUCGGGGCGCUCCGCUUGCCCGCCCCCGAGCGGUCCGGAAGAGGCUAUAUUUGGGCCGGGGCAGAGAAAGGGAGGGCGAUGAGCUCGGGCUCGCCCUGCUCCAUCCAGUUUCGCCCAGGUGCGGGGGGAGGGGGCGGUUUAACAACGCCUGGCUGCCGCCCUCUGCGCGUCUCAGGUGUAACCGGAGCCAGGAGGGUGCGGCGCGGCCAUCCCCUGCCGAACCUGUCGGGCGGCUCACAUCGCUCUCCGCCGCGCACACAGCGCUCGCUCUCUCCCCAGUCCGCUCCUCCGAGGCUUUCCCCGGCCUUUCCGCGCCCCACCGCCGGCUGAAGCCAUGGAGCCGCUCCGCGGGGCUGCGCUCCUGCUGCUGCUCUGUGCCGCUGCCUGCGCCCAGAACGAUUGUGUUUGUGAGAAGAAUAAGCGUGUCACCGACUGCGUGUUGGCUAACGGCGUCUGCCAAUGCAGCUCCAUCGGCUCCGGUGUCACCGUGACCUGUGAUACUCUGACAUCAAAAUGCUUGUUGAUGAAAGCAGAAGUAAAAAGCACAAAAUCAGGUCGUCGGGAAAAACCAAAAGAUGCGUUUGAAGAUACUGAUGGUCUUUAUGAUCCUGAGUGUGAAAACAAUGGUGUUUUCAAGGCAAAGCAGUGCAAUGGAACCACCUGUUGGUGUGUGAAUACAGCUGGUGUUAGAAGAACUGACAAACAUGACACAGACUUGAAGUGCAAUAAAUUAGUCAGAACAACGUGGAUCAUCAUUGAAAUGAAACAUGCUGAAAGAGAAACUCCUAUAAACCCUGAGUCUCUGAAGAAAUUCUUCAAAGAAACAAUUUCCAGACGUUAUAUGCUGAAUGGGCGCUAUAUAGCCAAUGUUGUGUAUGAAAACCCUUACAUUACUAUUGAUCUGAAGCAAAAUUCCUCAGAGAAAUCUGCUGGAGAAGUGGAUAUAGCUGAUGUGGCCUACUACUUUGAAAAAGAUGUAAAAGGUGAUUCCAUCUUUCUUAACGACAGACUGAAUGUCAGUAUUGACAAUGAAGUGGUACAUCUUGAGAAGACAGUGGUCUACUAUGUUGAUGAAAUAGCACCAGAGUUUUCCAUGAAGUCUCUGACUCCUGGCGUCAUUGCUGUCAUUGUAAUAGUAAUAGUAGCAAUAGUUGCUGGAAUUGUUGUUCUGGUCCUCACAAGAAGGAAGAAAGGGAAGUACGUGAAAGCAGAGGUAAAGGAAAUGAAUGAAAUGCAUAGAGGACUGAAUGCGUAACUAAAUCAGCUGAAUACCAAGUAAGAUUCAACGAAGAAAACAAACAGUGGAGGCAUGGAUCUUAAGAGUUAAUAUUCCUUGGAUGGGGAGGCAAUUGUGCUUGCUUAAUGAUUGUUAAAACAAAGCCUAGACUGACAACCAUGCUACUACUUUUACUAUUUGUUGAGAGUUAAAUCUUAAACAUCCGAUUUUAUUCAAGUCAAAGUUAACUACUACUCCCUGAUUUUUGUAAUGAAAUGAGCUGUCAACUGCUGCUACUGGGCUUUUGGAGCAUAAACUUUUAAUGGUUGUUUUAACCUUGUGGGAGUUUUUUUUGAAGACUUUUUUUUGUAGCCAUGUCAUGAAUAUUUGGCUCAUGUAUAAGUAACUGAACAUGGCUUUGUUUUUAUGGCUAUUUGUACAUAUUUGAACUUACUGUAAGUUUUUUAUGACAAACUAAUAAAACCUUGAAACAGG